GAGAAAUUUUUUUGUCCCCAUGACCAUGACUGAAUAUCAUUAUUGCAGUUACAACGACCGUCUGUCGACGAUGAGUCCAUGACUGUUUUAUCGAGCGGUGGUCCAAUAGCCCACGUUUUGCUAUCAUUCUUAUAUAAGAUUGAAAGAAAAGAAAUUCAAAGCAAAGACAAGUCAAUUAUAUAGGUUAUCUUUUAACUUCGAACUCAGCUUACGUAGACUUGUAUUAAUCCUCAUCAAGAUCUAAAAGACUUGCUGAAGAGAAAGAGAUACACUUGUUUAACUUGGUUUUGGACAAGUGAUUCAAUAUGUUACGUUUACCAGAGAAACUGAAGACGUUUGCUAACAACAGAUGGCUCGUGUUUGUGUGUGCAAUGUGGGUUCAGUCCUGUGCAGGAGUUGGUUACCUGUUUGGGAGCAUAUCACCUGUGAUAAAAAGUGCUAUGGGUUACAACCAGAGACAGGUUGCUCUUUUGGGUGUGGCCAAGGAUCUGGGAGACAGUAUUGGGUUCGUAGCGGGGAGUUUGGUUGAGAUUUUGCCGGUUUGGUCGCUUAUGCUCAUCGGGGUGGUGCAGAACUUUGUUGGAUAUGGCUUAGUUUGGCUUAUUGUCACCGAUAGAUUGCCUGCUUUGCCUCUUUGGGUGCUAUGCCUUGCUAUAUUUGUUGGAACCAAUGGGGAGACUUACUUCAACACAGCUGCACUGGUUUCAUGCGUUCAGAACUUCCCAAAACACCGUGGUCCUAUUGUGGGGAUACUGAAAGGAUUUGCUGGGUUAAGUGGUGCUAUUUUGACUCAAAUUUAUCUCAUGAUCAAUGCUCCUAGUGAAGCAGCACUGAUUUUCGUGGUUGCAGUUGGACCAUCAAUGGUUGUAAUUGCUCUCAUGUUCAUUGUUAGACCAGUCGGGGGUCACAAACAAAUCAGACCAUCUGAUAACUCAAGCUUCCUGUUUACAUACUCUGUUUGCCUCGUUCUGGCAGCUUAUUUGUUGGGCGUCUUGGUGCUUGAGGAUGUAGUUGAUUUGAGUCAAACUGUGGUCACACUAAUUGCGGUGAUCCUGAUCAUAAUCAUAUUGCUUCCGAUAAUAAUUCCUGUUCUAUUGGUUUUCUUCUCAGAACGGAGACCUUCCGUAGAGGAGAGCCUUCUCUCUGGACCAAGUAAUUCUGAGCAGGAUGGUGAGGAGGUCAUUCUAAGUGAGGUUGAAGAUGAGAAACCUCCAGAAGUUGACUCACUUCCGGCGUCACAGAGACAAAAACGAAUUGCUCAGUUGCAAGCUAAACUGUUCCAAGCAGCAGCAGUAGGAGGAGUGAGGGUCAAGGGGAGAAAAGGCCCACGCAGAGGAGAGGAUUUCACUUUAUUUCAGGCAAUGAUGAAAGCAGAUUUUUUGCUUCUGUUCUUCUCCCUCGUUCUAGCUGCUGGAUCUGGUUUGACAAUUAUUGAUAAUCUGGGUCAGAUUUGUGAAUCUCUUGGCUAUACUGAUACAAAUAUAUAUGUGUCCAUGAUCAGCAUUUGGAACUUUCUUGGCCGUGUUGGUGGCGGUUACUUCUCAGAGACAAUAGUAAGAAAUUUUGCCUACCCAAGACCCGUGGCCAUGGCUGUGGUUCAGGUUGUCAUGGCUAUUGCACUCGUUUACUAUGCCAUGGGAUGGCCUGGUCAAAUAUAUGUUACAACUGUAUUGGUAGGACUUGGUUAUGGUGCCCACUGGGGAAUUGUGCCCGCUGCAGUUUCGGAGCUAUUUGGCUUGAAGAGUUUUGGAGCCUUAUAUAAUUUUCUGACACUGGCAAGUCCUGCUGGUUCUCUGGUAUUCUCUGGAGUUAUUGCUAGUGGAAUAUAUGACUACUUCGCAGAGAAGCAAGCUGGCCUUCUAAAGCAAUAUACAGGAAAAUUGCUUGCAGUUUCUCUUCGUACUGAAGAAUCACUUACUUGUGUUGGUACCAUAUGCUACUCUAUCACUUGUGGGAUCAUGGCAGGGUUAUGCAUCAUUGCAAUGGUGUUGAGUUUGAUUGUCGUCUAUAGGACUAAGAGUGUUUAUGCUGAACUCUAUGGGAAGUCUCGUAACUGAGUCAUAAGGAGAAGUAACAUAUGAUUGUUUUGCAUGGUCGAUAGAUAAGAGCGAAGAAUUUAUCAUAUUUGUGGCUAGAUUCUUUUAUCGGCAAGAAAGCUGGAGCAUGCAUUCUGCUCAAAAUACUACUUGAGGACCAGUAAUAAAGCAGGCCUCUGAAGCUCUUUUGUUUCAAAUGGUGAUAGAAUUCAUUUCUUGUCAGGGUCAUUUCAUUUUCUAUAGUUUGAUUCUUGAAAUGCCAAUGAUUCCUUGCAGACCUGCAGAUUAUUUUAUUCAUCUGUAGGCCAUAAGCAGGAUCAUGGUUCCAUACUUCCAUUGUUUAGUUCCUGGUGUAGCAAUUAUCAUAAUCGCAUCUACUUCCUACUUAAUGAUUAGAUUUCCCUUCUACGACUUGCUUUAAAUGGCUACGAAAAGAAGUAUUGAAAUUGAUUUUGAUGAGAGAAAUAAACUUGAUGGCAUGUUCAAGUUCAAGAUUUCUUUGUGCUUGGAGUUUUUAACUUACAGAUUACUUUAAAUCCCUCUUACAACUCUCUCGCACCAAGAUAAUAGAAUGAAUUGCUUGAACUUGAUGGCAUUUUCUCUUCAUUUCAUUCUAUAUAGCAGAGUACCCUGGAAAAUUUGGGAAGUUAUAUUGUUAAAAAAGAAGUGACUGAUAAUUAAUGCUAUACUGGAAAU